CGAAAUCUAAAACAUAUAGUUAGAUACAGUUUUUUAUUAUAAAUGACGAUGUUUUACUGUCUCGUGGACAUAUCAUCCAGGCUAAAAAUAGACUAUUUACAUCGACCCUGUGUUUACAGUACGACAGAAAUGGGCUCGGCUGUGCGGUUAUCGUUGCUCGGCCUCCUCCUGUGCCUGCAGCUCGGCAGGGCUGCGGCCCGCAGCCCCCGCACGGCGGACCAGGUGUCUGAGGCCGACAUCCAGCGGCUCCUGCACGGCGUCAUGGAGCAGCUGGGCAUCGCUCGGCCCAGGGUGGAGUAUCCCGCACACCAGGCCACCAACAUUGUCGGGCCUCAGAGCAUACAGGGUGGUGCUCAUGAAGGGCUGCAGCACCUCGGCCCUUUUGGCAACAUCCCCAACAUUGUGGCCGAGCUGACAGGCGACAACGUUCCCAAAGACUUCAGUGAUGACCACGGAUACCCAGACCCUCCAAACCCCUGUCCUCUGGGAAAGACUGCAGCAGACGGAUGUUUGGAAAACGCCCCGGACACAGCCGAGUUCAGCAGAGAAUUUCAGAAACACCAGCACCUAUUUGACCCGGAGCACGAUUACCCAGCGCUGGCAAAGUGGAACAAGGAGCUUUUGUACCAAAAGCUGAAGGGAGGACCAAAAAGAAGAAAAAGGAGUGUCAACCCCUACUUGAUGGGCCAGAGGCUGGACAACGUCGUCGCCAAAAAAUCUGUUCCUCACUUCUCUGAGGAAGAGGAGGAGGAGGAGGAGGCACCGACCAUCCCUGCUGCCAGCAAAGCCACAACUUAAACUCCUGCACCAGCAACUCUCACUGUAAUAUUAAAGCACUGUAAAUGUAAGGGGAAGAAUCAUUGUGCUUUUAUGGUUAUAAAACAAUUAUAACAGCAAGUAAUUUUAUAACUCAUUAUAGACAUAGACAUCACGCUGAGUUUUAAUUGUUAUCAUGCAUUAUGAGUGUUUGUGAAAGCUUAUAAUUAUAGGUGCACUAUAAGUAUGCUUGCACUGCAUCUUAGACAUAGGAGUCCUAAUGUUUGUUAACAUGAUUAUUUUUGUUAGCGCUCGGCAACAUUCCUAAUGCUUUAUAGUGAUAGGUGCAUUUUAAGUAUGUAUAUUAUGAGUUGUGAUUAUUGCAAUAAAGCAUCAUUAAUGUUGGGGUGCUUAUAACCACAGGCACAUCAUAAUGCAUUACAGACACUAGUGUUAUAAUGCAUUGUGAUUAUAGUCAUAUUGCUGAUGGUGAGUGAGUGCUCAUAACCAUGAUUAUUUCUUUCUACGGGUGCAUUAUGACACAUUAUAUUGUGUUUAGAAUGUGUUAUAGAAAAAGUCUCCAAAGAAAGUGUUGCCAGCAUUUUUUGUUACGCUUUUUUUAAUGUACUGCAGCGAUGUUAACUGUCCAAGAUGUUAUUCCCUCAUCAGUCGCAAUGUGCAGAGUUCACUUCAUAGUAAGACAAAUACCCAGUCAAGUGGGAGAAAACUCAAAAUCAAGGCUAUUUAUAGGGGGAAAAGUGAUUCUCUGUUAACUUACACCAAACAAUUUGAGGACGUGUAGCACAGUGACAUCGCCUGCAAUUCAGCCAUUUAACCCCAAACUGCUCAAAUACAAUGUGUUAAAAAAAAAACAAACAAACUUGCCCGUCAUUGCACAUCAUAUCUCCAACUGUAUUAUAAUAAGAAGUUGUAUAGAGAUAUUUUGAUUCAAAGGAAUGUUGAAUCAGAACGUUCUUAUUGCCAUGACUGUACAGAUUUACUCGCUCUUUAGUGUAGUUUUUGUAUGUCUUGAUAGAAGCAGUUAAUCACCUCUGUGUCUUUGAAGAUUCAAUACCGAUCAUAUUCUCAAGAGUUAAUUACAAAUGUGUCAUAGCUUUGCUUUGUCAGGGGUGACUGUCAACUCUUUCACUGUAGCAUGGCAAGUACAGUAAAUCAUAUUCUGAUGAGUGUCUGCUCACGUCUCCACAGGCAGUGCUCAAUCCGUCCUGGGUCACUUCGUCUUGACAGAAAUGCUUUGUGUUAUGUUUUUGUUCUGUUGAGUUAAAUAAACGAUUUAUCUGCAUUGACAAA